CAAGGAAUUCAAGAAGAACACACAUCACCUUGCCUUUCACCUUUUGACUUGGGGUCUCUGGAGAGGUCGCUUCUUCACAACAUUAUAUUCUAAUCUUCUGGUCUCGUCAAACUCGACAUUACAGUAUUGCAUCGACUCGACUCAACUCGACUGUCACUCCACCAUGCCAACAGCAGCAGCAGAGGAUGUGGAAGAGAAAGGGGCAGAAUCAAUCCCAGCCGUCGACUUGGCAGAGGAGGAGCAAGUCGGCGAUACCACUACUACUCGCAUUUCACAAGGUGAAGAUGCCAAUGAGAAAGCCGAAGAAGAAGUGAUACUAUCCAAAGAUGACGGAACGACGGAUGCCGCCAGCUCUGAACUGCCGAAUAGUAAUCCAUCGGAUGAGACUAGAAUAAAAAAGAGUCCGACCCGUGCCGCCUCUUUCAACGAUUUCCCAAUGCCGCUUCCUACACGAAAACAGCACGAGCAGCAAGCUCCCGGCGCCUAUGCCGUUGUCCGAAUGCGACCCGUACAACAACAACAACAACAACAACAAGAUGACAGCACACAUGACGAUGAUGACGAUGAGGAAGCCGCCAUGAACGAAGGGGCGCCGCUCGAUGCCGCAUUGGUGGAUUCCAAUCACGACGAAAGACUGGCCAUGACAGAGGACUUGCCUACUAGUAGUAGCAGGGCAGCAGUCACCACGUUGGUACAAGCCCAAGUACUGCCGGAACGAACCGAGUCCGAACGCCGCGCCAAAAACUUUGUUUUGUGGGGAUUUGCCGUGGCGGCUCUGUUGGUGGUUCUCAUGGGAGUUGUCUUUGGAAUUGGUGACAGCAAAGAAGAGGAUUCCACCACCACACUUGAUCCUCCCACAGAGCAAACAACUUCCACCAAUAGUAUUAUUAUUUGGUAUCCACCUUUUCAAGAAACUCUUCCUGCCUCCACACGCAAGGCAAUCGCCAGCGAUUACACCAGUGAUCAGUAUCGUGGCAAUGCCUGGAUGCAAAACGAUCCCCAUCUAGAUUCCUAUCCUCCCAAUCGGCAACUGCAACGGUUUGCCCUCGUCACCACCUUUUACGGCACACACGGAGACCACUGGUUUCACAACGAUCAUUGGCUCGACUAUGAUGUUUCCGAAUGCGACUGGUUUACACAGAGUUUUGACACCAUUUGUGACGAACACCACAAUCUUCUCACGAUUGAUUUGCAUCACAACAAUUUGCAGGGGACCAUUCCCCAAGAAGCCCAAUUCAUUCCGCAUUUGCAAUACUCGGACAUGUCGUACAAUCAAAUUGCUGGUGGGUUGCCCAACUUUGUCAGCAAUGACCAGUUACAGGUCAUCAAGGUAUCGCACAAUCAAAUGGCAGGUCCACUGGUGAGCCAAGCGGGAUUCUCGGCAUUUGAUUUGCGCGUUAUUGAACUGGAUGGCAAUGCCUUUUCGGGAUAUAUUGCUCCCGUGUAUCAGUAUCUGCCGCGACUGGAACGAAUCAACUUGACAUCCAAUGCCUUUACGGGGACGUUGCCAGAGGAACUGGUGUACGCGACAAACCUGGCAUAUGCGGGUCUUGGACACAACCAGUAUCAUGGGGAGAUACCGUCCUCUUUUGGAAUCCUGACGGCAUUGGAAGGAUUGGAUGUAUCGGGAAUGGAAGGUAUCCAUGGAACUCUUCCAUCCGAACUGGGCACCAUGGUGGCCUUGCGACAGUUGGACAUUACUGGGACGAACAUUACAGGAGUGGUCCCGGAGGCUGUCUGUGACUUGGUACCAGAGGGACUGGUACUGAAAAUAGAUUGUGACAAGGAUGACCUGCAGUGUUGUUCUGAUAAUAGUAUCUAA